AUGUUUGAGAAAUUAAUUGAAAAUAUCCUUUAAUAGGUUUUGGGAGAAUACAUUGAUGGUUUGGAUCAACAAUCCCUUAAGGUUGGGAUUUGGAGUGGAGAAGCCAAAAUUGAGAAUCUUAGAUUGAAACCAGACGCUUUUAUUAAAUUAGACCUCCCCUUCCUCGUUAAGUAUAGCAAGUUGGGAACCCUUAAUUUGAAUAUUCCUUGGAAGAAUCUAGCGAGUGCUCCAAUCAAAGCAAACCUCGAUACUUUGUAUUUAAUACUAAACCCUCAAGAAGCACACGAUUGGAAAUUUGGGUGUGUUACAGGGGCAGACAAAUUAAUAGAAGUUGAUUCCUUUAAACAGAAACUCCUAGAGAGAAUAUCGAAUAAAGAACAAUAAGAUGGUAUGAUGUAAAGAAUCAUAAUCAGAGUGAUUGAAAAUCUGUAGAUUAGCAUCUAAAAUAUUCACAUCAGAGUGGAAGAUGCCUAGAUAAGCUAUGGGUUUGUACUGUAGAAUUUCACUUUACUUACAGUAAAUGAACAAGGGGUGGAACAAUUUAUUGAUAGAACUUCAAAUAAAAAUUAGCAGUUGAUUAAGAGUUUGAUGAUUAGUAAUAUUGGUUUAUAUUGGCAGAGUUAGGAUGGUAUUCAGUUUUCUGAAUCUCUGUUCGAAAAGGAAAUACCAAAGCAUGAUUAUCUAUUUAGAAUCUCCUUAUAGAGUAAGGUUGUACAACCACCGAAAUAGAGUGAGAAUCUUCCAGACUUCAAAUUUGAUCUAGAUUUGCAAUCAUUUGACAUCCAAUUAUCGAAGCCUUAAGUCCAACAAAUUAUCAAUCUUACGCACUAUUUGAAUUCUUACAAUAGAGCUAAGAUCAAAUUUUAGAAAUAACAGUUGAUGAUCUAACCAUUGGAUGAAAAGGAUCAAGGACGAAUUAAGCAAAUUUUGCAAUCAGUACAAUUGGAUAAAAAAUAUAAAGAUGCACUCAAUAAAGAUUAAAAAUAAGAGCUUUGUGCCAUUUUAGAGAAAACAUAGAUAGAAGAGGUAAAACCAAUAGUGUUAGAAGUUAUCAAAGAGUAACAAUAUGAGGACAUGAAAUAAAAGGCGUUGAAAAAGAAAUAACCUUAAGGAUUCUUAUAAAAUUGGUUUGGAAAAGGUAAAUAGCAAUAAUAAAAUGAAACUCCAACUCUCUUAGCUGAAGAAUCAGAGGAAAUCUAGAAAUUUUUAUAAUAAAAUUUCUCAUAGGAUGAAUCUUCUUAAGCCAAUUAAGGGAAGGUUACCUAAAUAGUAGUGAAUGGCAAAAUGAGACAAGGAACUAUAAUUUUAAGCAAUCCUAGAUAACAAAAAGUGGAUCAAAUUAAAAUUAUAUUCUAAGAUCUAAAAUGCAAUUUAAAAUCAGAUAGGGAUCUAAAAGUGGAUCUAUCUUUAAUAGAUAUAAUUGUUCUAUUCAAUGAUUAACAAUUUCUAACCAAUACAAGCAAUGAUAACUCAAAACCUAUAAUCCUAUUGAAUUUCAACUUGAUUGAGUCUACCACCACAUAAAUUUAAUUAGAAACAAGAUCCUCCAAACUAAGAUUUCAUCCAGACCUAAUUACAGUGCUUAGUGAUUUCAGUAAUGUAGACUUGAAGUCAAAUUAGAUUAAAAAUAUGGCCAAUGAUAGAAUUCAAGAACUUAAACAGAAUGCACAAGCAGCCUUGGCUAAUUAAGUAAUUGUUGAAAAGAAUAGAUGGGUUAAUAUAACAAUGGAGCAGUUCUAUUUUGAAAUCCCCUUAAACAACUCAUAAGAAUCUUGGCUAUUUUGUCCAGGUUUAAUAAACAUUAAUAGUAGCAUCAUGAACGGUUAAGAGUUGUUCAAAGUGUAAAUUUCAAACAUAGGAUUGAAAUAUCUAUCUUAAACUCAAUAUAGUGUAAUUGACAAUUUUACUAUUCUGCUUGAUUUAUAGUUACCAAAUCAUAAAAACAAAAAUCUGAUCAUGAAUGGUAACAUCCAAGAAAUUAUCACCAAUUUGAAUCCAUAGAUAUAUCAAAAACUAAAAAAAAUUGAAGAUUGUUUAACUCCGUCAAUAAGUGUUUAAGAAUACUAAAAGUAAAAUAAGUUAGCAGAAAUCGAAAACAAAAUACUAAUUGAAAAUGCUACAAACAUUGGACCACUUUACAUUAAGGAAGGUCCAUUGAAUUAAUGGGUUAAAUACACUUGUGUGAUGGAUGGUUCUAAUUUAUAUUUUUAUACAAAUCCAAAAUCCUAAUAACCUAUCUACAUCAAAUACGUAAGAAAUUCAACAAUCGUCGAAAAGGGAAUUGAUGAAUUUAAAAUGAAUGUUCUCAAAAUUGUAAAUGAGAAUAAUUCAUUUGAAAUUGGUAUCCAAAAUUAAACUCAGAUCCAAGAUCUGAUUCAAAAGAUCUCAUCAUAGAAUGAUCUAGAGAGAUAAUUGCUUAAAUAAUUAGAAAAUGAAUAAGAUAAAUAAUUGAUAGAACCUAUUAUGUUUAAGAAGUUCAUUAAUUUUACAAUAUCCGUUGUCUAAAUUAAUUUAUAAGAUUCAAAAUCUAAGUAAUUUCUAGUUCUGAAAACUAACGAUUUAUCUCUUAGAAUGAAGGUGCACUCUGAAUUCUUGGAGGCUCAACUUUCUCUUUCAGGAUUGCAACUAUAAGAUAGUCUAAGAUAAUACUGUAAGCAGUAAUUAAGUAACCUUAUCAUAUCAGAAAAAGAGAAUGGAGAACUUAUUGAAAUAUAAUUUCAUUAAACUAAGAGGAAUUCUAAAAAUUAUAAGGAUGUGGAUAAACAAAUAGAUUUGAAAUUUGGUAAGAUGCACAUCAACUUCAAAAGUGAGACAAUUGCCUAUUUGUUAUAAUUCAUUGGUCAUAAAAAAAAGGAUAAUUAAUAGGAGAAAUCAUUUAAUAAAAUGGAAAAAGAGUUUUUGGAAGCUGAAAAGCAAUUUCUAUUAUUAAAGGCGAAUGUGUAGAUCAAUCAAAUCAGUUUAUCUAUUAUUCACGAAAUUACCAAAUUGCCAUUUUUAGAUAUUCAAUUCUAAGAUUCUGCUAUAGAAAUACUCAAGUAUCAGGAUGAAUUAUAAAUGUAAGCCAUUUUAGGCGAUCUAUAAAUCAAUGAUUUGACCAAUCAUCCUUAUACAUUGACAUAAGAGGAAGAUUACCAUUUGAUUAAACCUUACUAAAUUUUGGGAAUCAAAUAAAAGGGUCAAUCUCUAUUAUUUGUUAAAAUUAUCUUAAUAGAACCAUUAUCUAAGAAAGCCUAAUUAAAUCGAGAUAUCAUUAACAUUGAUGCAAAUAUAAGUUAAAUUGUGACUGAUUAUCAACAAUAGCCCAUUCUCAGAAUUAUUGAUUAUAUUCAAAACUUGAGAGAACCUUUCAUCAAUCCCUAUUCGUUUAAAGUUUAAGGCUAUUCAAUUGAAAAUAUCUAUAAAGAGAUUGUGUAACCUAGUAUAAUUAUUGUUGAACCCUCUAAAGAGGAUUCAAUUAAGAUUACUUAAGAUCCCCCUAGAAUAAAGUUAAGAGUAAAGAUUGACAAUCCUUAGAUUAUCGUUAGAAACACAUUUUCAAAUGAAUUCAUGAUUAUCAAUUUAGGAAUGAUCAGUGUUACUAACAUAAAGUAAUAGAUAAACUCAUUUUAUAAGGACAUUUAUACAAUAUAAAUCACUCAACUAAACAUCACAGGAGAGUGUGACAGCGAGAAGUCUAUCAUUGCAAGUGAUUUUAAUUUGUUAUUGACUGUCACUGUACCUGAUUUAGUAAAAUAUUAUAAAUAGAUCAGUAACUAUGUUGACGAAGCAUUUUAUGUUAAUUGUGAAUUGAGCUAAUUUAUUUUAAACGUAGAUAGAAAUACUGUUAAAUUGAUCAAUAGAUUAAUAGUGUAUAAUUUCACUCUAAAUGAUUCAUUUAAUCAAUAUGUAUUGCUUAAUACUCAAAAAUCAAAUUAAAUAAACUAAGAAUAAUCGAAAAUUAUAUUAAAGUAGGAUGUUGAGAAGAGAACAAGAAAUUAGGAUUACUUUAUUAAAUUGAAACUGAAAAUUAUUAAUGUUUCAAUAUUUUUAUGUUUGCAUAGACCAUUAAUUCGAUUGUCAAUAGUGGAUAGCAAUAUAGAAUUUAAAAUGAAGAGGGAUGGUAAGAAAGAAAUAGUUAUCAACAUCUCCUCAUUCAAUUCAUGUGUAUAUGAGUAGAUUGAUGGAUAUUAUGUCAGUAAACCACUAAUAGGAAUACAAGUGGAGAAGAAAUAUGAUGAUUUACAUAAUUUAAGAUAAUUGAUAGAGAAUGCAUCUAAUUCAGAUAAGGAGUCAGGUAAAAUUGAAAUAUAUAUCAGCCCCACUUAAAACCAGACCCAUAAUAAAUUAUAUUUAAAAUUUGAAUCAUUUUUACUUACAAUUUAGACAAAGAUAAUCUUAUAGGUUCUGACAAUAUUUGAGAGAGAGGAAUUGAGUCAAUUUGUAAAUACACAAUUAUAGGAACAUUAGUUUAAAUAUGAUGAAUAUUUGAGAAGCUAAUAAAAGGAAGAAGAGGUUCAACCUACAGAUUCUCAAAUCUUUAUUACCUUAGGGGAUGUAAUAAUUGGGAUUCCAUCAAAUGAGGAUUCAAUUCUAACGUUUACUGGUAAAUUCAACAUUAUUUUGAAUACACUAAACACUGUGAGUUCAGAUGAAUUGCUUUGUUUAAUUAAAGAAAAAAGUUUGAAUUAUAAUGAUUAAAACGAUAUGAACUACAAAAUCAAAUCAUCAGUGUCGGUCGAACUGGUGCAAGCAUAUGUGGCAUCAAAGUAAUAAUUGUAUAGUUAAUAAUUCAAUCAAAUUGAGAAUAAAAGGUAAAUCAUAUGGCCAUUUACUAUGCUCUUAAAUCAGAGUUAAUAAUUAGUGCUAUCCGAAGACUAGGAUGCACUUGUCGAAAAACAGAGUAUAAGAUUGUCAUUGAGUCCAUUUGAAUUCAGGAUUGCUUUCACGGAUGUGUUAUUUAUUUAAAAUCAGAUUAAUAACUAAUUGCAAAUUAUUAAUGAAUUAACCAACAAUGAUAUAAGGCAACAAUAGUAGGAAAUGAGUAAUUAACAAAAAUAAAAUAAAUUAUAAAAUAUUGAUUUAGUAAUUGAUGGCAUUGAAGUGAUGAUUUUGAAUGAUAUUGAGAAUCAUUAUUAGUAUAUCACGAAAUUUACAUUGUUCUAAACUGAAACCAAAUUAGAUCAAACAUCUAGGAAUUUUAAAUUCAUAAUCAAUUUACCAAUUCAAUUGCUUUAUUACAAUUAAAACAUUGGGAUUUGGGAACCCAUUAUUGAAACAUGUGACAUCUCAAUUAUAUAUAUAAAGGAUCUAGCUGGUUUUGAUCAAGUUAGCGUAAAUCAAUUAGAUGUUCUUAUAAAAGAUGGAGUUAAUAUCAAUAUAUCGACUCAAAUGAUCUCGACCGUUUAUCCAGCAUUGACUAUCUUAAAUUAAAGGUUGUAAGCCAAGAACAUAAACCAAAUAAGAUUUCAGCAUAACUCAUAUGCCAAAUAUGCAAUCUAUAAUCAAUUAGGAUCUGAAGUUCUUUGUGAAACCCAAGACAAUAAAAUGAUAAUUGUCCAAUAGAAUGAAUACAAGGAUUUUGAUAUUAAUAAUUCUAGUACUAACCACUCAGUGAAUCUGCAGAUCUAAGGUGAUAAAAUUCCAUUUGAAAUUACCAAUUGGAAUAUCAAUAAGCUCUAACAAAAAAUAAAGAAAAUUGGAGAAAACAGUCCGGUGCUCAUUAAGAAUUUCGUCGAUCAAUUAAAAAAUUAGAGAGUUAUUUAUUUGAGUUCUGAAUUUAUCUUUGAAAACAAUACUUAAACCCAUUUAGAAAUAGUAUUCAAAGAUACCAAAGGAAACCUCCACAUCACUAAGUUGCAACCAUUUAUGCAGAACUUAAAUGCAUAACAAAUUACUAGUUAAGCCAAUUAAUUUGUGCUUCCAUAAUAUUUGUUAUAGAGUGAAUUUUAUAUCAGAAAGGCCCUCAAAAAUUAAGAGAAGUCUUAAUCAUACAAUAUGAAAUACUUAAACAAAUGUUACGAGAGUAAGGAAGCCCUUAAACUAUAAUUGAAUGAAAAUUUCUUUAUAAAUUUGAACGUGCGCAAAGAUCCAGGGUUCUAUGGUCGAUGCAUAAUUUAUAUCCAACCAAAUUUCAGAUUGUAAAAUUUACUGCCAUUCCCUGUGACCAUAAGUAGGUUGUCUGAAUACAAAUAGAUUGAAGUUGCUAAAUUACAACCACUUCAAUAUUUGGAUGAACAUCAAAUCAAAAGCACUAAAGAAUCUCAUUCUAUAUUAAUAGACAUCGAUUCCUAUAAGCAGUCUCAACCUAUCCCAAUAUUGAACAGCAGAAAUUUCAAGUCUCAAGAAACUGUGAUCUCCUUGGUAGGCGAAGAAGGGUAAAUGACCAAAGGAGGCAAAAGUGAAUUGAUUCUUGAAUACAAUUAUACUUUGUUUAAGCAAAGUGGGUUAUGCAGUGCAGUACUGUUUGCUCAGGAAUAUAUUAAGAAUGAAACUUAAUACGAUUUUAUUGUAUGUCAAGGUAAGGGUGAAUAAUACUCAUUUAUUGGUGGAUAGAUGUAAGGAUCACUAAUAAGGCCAUUGAUAUUGAAUAAUUCCAAUAAAUCUAAUGACAUAGUAUUUUCAGAUAGAGGCUCACCCUUUUUGUACUCGCGUACUCCUGCCUAGAUCAAUUCAAUAGGGACUACAGCUAGCGAUAUCAUAUUUAAGAGAAAGGAAGUCUUCUAUAUCGCACCAUUAUCAGUUACAUCUGAGAUCAAAUUAAUUCAAGAGACAUGUUAGAAGAUUGUGAGCAUAAAGAAUAGGAUCAUUUUAGUCAAUAAUUCUGAUUAUUCAGUAUGCAUCAAGCAAUUUAAGGUUUUUGAGAUUAAACCACAUUAAAGGAUGCCUUUGGAGAUCUGUUUUGCUGAUAAAAUACCUCAAUCAUCUGAAGGCAUUUAUCAAUUUCAAUUCACAUUUAUGGAAGAGUAUAACUGGAAUUGGAGUGGCUAAAUUGAGUGUAAUCAGAUUGGAGUCUUUUAUUUGCAAUUAAGAAGCAACAUCUACAAUGAAAUUAGAAAAUUUGCUUAAAUUGACAUCAAUGAAAGCAAUGGGGUAUUGUUUGUAGUCAUCAGUGAAACUAAGCAUGAUCAAACACCCUAUAGAAUCACUAAUCAGAGCAAUAUGAUUACAGUCACUGUCUUAAAUUUGCCAGCAGAGCUAGAUUGCAAUUAGGAUUGCUACUUUGCUUGGGAUGAACCAACUAGAUAGAAUACAGUCCCUCUUAUUAUUUAUCCUAAGAUAAAUCAAUACGAAGUCGUGGAAUAUCAAUUUAGAAUUGAUAAAAUAACAGAUCCCAUUUUCUUUGCUCUUAGAUCAAAAAUUCCUAAUGAUAAUGAUAAGGUUAUCAUUAAAUUGAUAACUGAAAUGAAUGGUUUUACUAGACAUGCUCAAUUCAUUGAUUCAAGUGAAGAGGAAAUGAAGAAAUAUAAAGAGAAUUAAGGAAAAGAAAUUCAAGGACCAUAAUAAUUGAAAUUUGAUAUUGUGAUAACUCAAGUCAAUCUGUCUCUGAUUGAUAACCAUUUAUCAUAUCCAUAAGAAAUUAUUAACAUUGUACUUUAUCAAUCUGAAGCCAUCUUAUUGAUAAACAAAUAAAACAAGGCUAUCUUUUAAUGUAAAUUGACUGCAUUGUAAAUUGAUAAUACAUCUCAAUUACACCCUCUAUUUCCCGUGUUGUUAACACUUCUUCCUACUGGUAAAGUCAAAUAAUAAUUCCCAAUUUUAAACGUCUUAAUAUAAAUGAAUUUAUAGGCUAAGAAAUUGUAAUUGAUUGAGAAAUUCUCUCUUGAAACCAAUCGUUUAGCCAUUAAAAUCAAUGAUGCCAUACUUAAGACUAUACUUAAAACCAUCAAUAAAAUGAUAUAGAUAAGGGACAAUCAACAACAAAAAUUACAAUAGAAAUUCGAUUGGAAGUUAUGUCCUCUACCUGAUAAAUUGAUUCCAACCUACUUUGGAUCAAUAGCCAUAUACCCUAUCAUAAUUUAAGUUACAGUCCAAUGGAGUAACAAGAAAGAUCAAGAUGCUAAUAACUCUAUGUUUACAUCACUCCUAUCUGGAGUUGGAUUUUAAUUAGCCUCUGUUGAUGAAGCCGAAAUUGCAUUGAAGGGUAUUCAAAUGGAUGACGUUUUUGACAGCAUACAUGGAUUAAGUAUCAAAUUAACCUAAAGAUACCUCUCUAAUAUCCAAUAUCAAUUGCCUGCUAUUUUGGGUAGUCUGGCUGUCAUAGGAAAUCCUACUAAAUUAUUGAAAAACUUUGUAUCAGGCAUGUAAGAUUUAAUCGAACGACCCAUUGAAGGAUUCACUAAGGGCCCACUUGAAGGGGGCAUGGGGGUUUUAAAAGGAGCCACUUCCUUAGUCAGUCACACUGUCUCUGGAGUAUUUAAUAGUGUUAAGAAUGUUGUAGGCAGUAUUUCUAGUGGCUUAUCUAAAGUGACGAUGGAUGAAUCCUAUCAAAAGCAGAGAUAAAUCCAGAAUCAACAAUAAGCUAGGAAUGUUGGUUCUGGAAUAUAAGAAGGAUCUGUAUCUUUGGUCAAGGGAGUAGCAGGGGGCAUAUCUGGAUUCUUUAGUAAACCCAUUCAGGGUGCUUAAUAGAAUGGAGCUUCUGGACUUUUGAAGGGGUUGUGGCAAGGCACUUCAGGGCUAAUCAUUAAGCCUGUCACAGGAGUUCUAGAUGUCAUUUCAAAAACAUCAGAGGGUGUUAAAAACUAGUUAUCAUCUGAUGGAUAGCCUAACAACAAUAGGAUUAGAUAUAUGAGACCUUUCUAUGAAAGUGAUGGGUAUUAUAAGGAAUACAAUUGGAUUGAAGCAGAAUGCUACGAAGUUAUUAAAGGAAUGAAAAAUGGAAAAUACGAAAAUCAUAGGCUUCUCAAAGUUGUAACUAUUGAAAGAGAUAACAAAACUUAUGGAUUGAUUUAGACAGAUCUUAGUCUGAUUUUAUUUGAUUUGGAUUAGCAUUAAAAACUUUGGUCUAUUUUGUAUAAGGAUGUAGAAAAUAUAGAUUGUCGUGAAAAUGUAAUAUUAUUGAAGAACAAGAAAUCCAAAAGGGCAUUCUAAGGAAAAUCUGCUAUCUAAUUGCCAAUGUCUUCGACAUAUUAAAGUCAAUAAAUAACAGACGAAAUUAAAUUUAUGAAACAAUAAUUGUGA